GAGGUUUCCGGUGUUGUGACUGAAACCCGUCAAUAUGGCGGCGGUCGGCCGCGGCCGCUCGCUGAAGAACCUCCGAAUACGAGGGCGGAAUGACAGCGGCGAGGAGAACGUCCCGCUGGAUCUGACCCGAGAACCUUCUGAUAACUUAAGGGAGAUUCUCCAAAAUGUGGCCAAAUUGCAAGGAGUAUCAAAUAUGAGAAAGCUAGGCCAUCUGAAUAACUUUACUAAGCUGCUUUGUGAUAUUGGCCACAAUGAAGAAAAACUGGGUUUUAACUAUGAAGAUAUCAUAAUUUGCUUGCGGUUAGCUUUAUUGAAUGAAGCAAAAGAAGUGCGGGCGGCAGGGCUACGAGCUCUUCGGUAUCUCAUCCAAGACUCCAGUAUUCUGCAGAAGGUGCUAAAAUUGAAAGUGGACUAUUUAAUAGCUAGGUGCAUUGACAUACAGCAGAGCAACGAGGUAGAGAGGACACAAGCACUUCGAUUAGUCAGAAAGAUGAUUACUGUGAAUGCUUCCUUGUUUCCUAGCUCUGUGGCCAACUCAUUAAUAGCAGUUGGAAAUGAUGGACUCCAAGAAAGAGAUAGAAUGGUUCGAGCAUGCAUUGCCAUUAUCUGUGAACUAGCACUUCAGAAUCCAGAGGUGGUGGCCCUUCGAGGUGGACUAAACACCAUCUUGAAAAAUGUGAUCGAUUGCCAAUUAAGUCGAAUAAAUGAGGCUCUCAUUACUACAAUUUUACACCUCCUUAAUCAUCCAAAGACCCGACAGUAUGUACGAGCUGACGUAGAAUUAGAGCGAAUUUUAGCACCCUAUACUGAUUUUCACUACAGACAUAGUCCAGAUACAGCUGAAGGACAGCUUAAAGAAGACAGAGAAGCAAGGUUUCUAGCAAGUAAAAUGGGAAUCAUAGCAACAUUCCGGUCAUGGGCAGGUAUUAUUAAUUUAUGUAAGCCUGGAAAUUCUGGGAUUCAGUCUCUAAUUGGAGUCCUUUGCAUUCCAAAUAUGGAAAUAAGGCGAGGUCUCCUUGAAGUGCUUUAUGAUAUAUUUCGUCUUCCUCUACCUGUUGUGACUGAAGAGUUCAUAGAAGCACUGCUCAGUGUAGAUCCAGGUAGAUUCCAAGACAGUUGGAGGCUUUCAGAUGGUUUUGUAGCAGCUGAGGCAAAAACUAUUCUUCCUCAUCGUGCCAGAUCCAGGCCAGACCUCAUGGAUAAUUAUUUGGCACUGAUACUAUCAGCAUUUAUUCGUAAUGGGCUUUUAGAGGGUUUGGUUGAGGUGAUAACAAACAGCGAUGACCAUAUCUCAGUUAGAGCUACCAUCCUUUUAGGAGAGCUUUUACAUAUGGCAAACACAAUUCUUCCUCAUUCACAUAGCCAUCAUUUGCACUGCCUGCCAACCCUAAUGAAUAUGGCUGCAUCCUUUGAUAUCCCUAAGGAAAAGAGACUGCGAGCCAGUGCAGCCUUGAACUGUUUAAAACGCUUCCAUGAAAUGAAGAAACGAGGACCUAAGCCUUAUAGCCUUCAUUUAGAUCACAUUAUUCAGAAAGCAGUUGCAACACACCAGAAACGGGAUCAAUAUCUCCGAGUUCAGAAAGAUAUAUUUGUUCUUAAGGAUACAGAGGAAGCUCUUUUAAUGAACCUUAGAGAUAGCCAAGUCCUUCAACAUAAAGAGAAUCUUGAAUGGAAUUGGAAUCUUAUAGGGACCAUUCUUAAGUGGCCAAAUGUAAAUCUAAGAAACUAUAAAGAUGAACAGUUGCACAGGUUUGUACGAAGACUACUUUAUUUUUACAAGCCCAGCAGUAAAUUAUAUGCCAAUCUGGAUCUGGAUUUUGCCAAGUCCAAGCAGCUCACAGUUGUGGGUUGCCAGUUUACAGAAUUUCUUCUUGAGUCUGAAGAGGAUGGGCAAGGAUACUUAGAAGAUCUAGUAAAGGAUAUUGUUCAGUGGCUCAAUGCCUCGUCUGGCAUGAAACCUGAAAGAAGCCUUCAAAAUAAUGGUUUAUUGACUACUCUUAGUCAACACUACUUUUUAUUUAUUGGAACACUUUCUUGCCACCCUCAUGGAGUCAAAAUGCUGGAAAAAUGCAGUGUAUUUCAGUGUUUACUUAACCUUUGCUCCUUGAAAAACCAAGAUCACUUGCUGAAACUGACUGUUUCGAGCUUGGACUAUAGCAGAGAUGGAUUGGCUAGGGUCAUACUUUCCAAAAUCUUAACAGCAGCUACUGAUGCCUGCAGGCUGUAUGCAACAAAACAUUUAAGAGUAUUAUUGAGAGCUAAUGUUGAAUUCUUCAAUAAUUGGGGAAUUGAAUUACUAGUGACCCAGCUGCAUGAUAAAAACAAAACGAUUUCUUCUGAAGCUCUUGAUAUUCUUGAUGAAGCAUGUGAAGACAAGGCCAAUCUCCAUGCUCUUAUUCAGAUGAAGCCAGCUUUAUCUCACCUUGGGGACAAGGGUUUGCUUCUCCUCCUGAGAUUUCUCUCCAUUCCAAAAGGGUUUUCCUAUUUGAACGAAAGGGGUUAUGUAGCAAAACAGUUGGAAAAGUGGCACAAGGAAUAUAAUUCAAAAUAUGUUGACUUGAUUGAAGAACAACUUAAUGAAGCACUUACUACUUACCGAAAGCCAAUUGAUGGUGACAACUAUGUUCGUCGGAGUAACCAAAGAUUACAGCGUCCUCAUGUCUACCUACCUGUACACCUUUACGGACAACUGGUACACCACAAAACAGGCUGUCAUUUGUUGGAAGUACAGAAUAUUAUUACAGAACUCUGUCACAGUGUCCGCACACCAGAUUUGGACAAAUGGGAAGAAAUUAAAAAACUGAAAGCAUCUCUAUGGGCCUUGGGAAAUAUUGGCUCAUCAAAUUGGGGUCUCAAUUUGCUACAGGAAGAAAAUGUGAUUCCAGAUAUACUAAAACUUGCAAAACAAUGUGAAGUUCUUUCCAUCAGAGGGACCUGUGUAUAUGUGCUUGGGCUCAUAGCCAAAACCAAACAAGGCUGUGAUAUUCUAAAAUGUCACAGCUGGGAUGCUGUAAGGCACAGUCGCAAACAUCUGUGGCCAGUGGUUCCAGAUGAUGUAGAACAACUCUGUAAUGAACUCUCAUCUGUUCCAAGCACUCUGAGUUUGAACUCAGAGUCAACCAGCUCUAGACAUAAUAGUGAAAGUGAAUCUGCGCCAUCAAGUAUGUUCAUAAUGGAGGAUGACCGGUUUGGCAGCAGCUCUACUAGUACAUUUUUCCUUGAUAUCAAUGAAGAUGCAGAGCCAGCAUUUUAUGAUCGAUCUGGACCUAUGAAGGAUAAAAAUUCAUUCCCUUUCUUUGCUUCUAGUAAACUUGUGAAGAAUCGUAUCUUAAAUUCGCUUACUUUGCCUAAUAAAAAACAUCGUAGUAGCAGUGAUCCAAAAGGAGGGAAACUGUCAUCUGAAAAUAAGACAAGCAACAGGCGGAUCAGAACGCUUACAGAGCCCAGUGUUGACUUUAAUCAUAGUGAUGAUUUCACACCCAUAUCCACAGUACAGAAAACAUUACAAUUAGAAACUUCAUUUGUUGGGAAUAAGCACAUUGAAGACACUGGUAGUACUCCAAGUAUUGGAGAGAAUGACUUAAAAUUCACCAAGAGUCUUGGUACAGAGAAUCACAGAGAAAACACAAGCCGAGAGAGAUUAGUUGUAGAAAGUUCAGCGAGCUCACAUAUGAAGAUACGUAGCCAAAGUUUUAAUACAGACACUACAACAAGUGGCAUAAGUUCAAUGAGCUCAAGUCCUUCACGAGAGACAGUAGGUGUAGAUGCUACGACUGUGGACACUGACUGUGGAAGUAUGAGUACUGUGGUAAGUACUAAAACUGUUAAGACAAGCCACUAUUUGACGCCACAGUCUAACCAUCUCUCUCUCUCUAAAUCAAACUCAGUGUCCCUGGUGCCUCCAGGUUCUUCUCAUACACUUCCUAGAAGAGCACAGUCCCUUAAAGCACCCUCUAUUGCUACAAUUAAAAGUCUAGCAGACUGUAACUUUAGUUACACAAGUUCUAGAGAUGCCUUUGGCUACGCUACACUGAAAAGAUUACAGCAGCAAAGAAUGCAUCCAUCCUUAUCUCAUUCUGAAGCUUUGGCGUCUCCAGCAAAAGAUGUGCUGUUUACUGAUACCAUCACCAUGAAAGCCAACAGCUUUGAGUCCAGGUUAACACCAAGCAGGAUCGAUUUUAAAAAGAAGCAUGUCGGGGGAAUCAGGAGCUUAAGACCUACAAUAACAAACAACCUUUUCAGGUUCAUGAAAGCUUUAAGUUAUGCUUCGCUAGAUAAAGAAGAUUUAUUAAGUCCUAUUAACCAAAAUACCCUGCAGCGAUCCUCCUCAGUGAGGUCCAUGGUGUCCAGUGCAACGUAUGGUAGCUCAGAUGACUAUAUUGGUCUUGCUCUUCCAGUAGACAUCAAUGAUAUAUUCCAGGUAAAGGAUAUUCCCUAUUUUCAGGCAAAAAACAUACCUCCACAUGAUGAUCGAGGUGCAAGAGUGUUUGCCCAUGAUGCAGGAGGUCUUCCAUCUGGAACUGGAGGUCUUGUAAAAAACUCUUUUCACUUGCUACGACAGCAGAUGAGUCUUACAGAAAUAAUGAAUUCAAUCCAUUCAGAUGCUUCUCUGUUUUUAGAAAGCACAGAAGACACUGGACUACAGGAACAUACAGAUGAUAACUGCCUUUAUUGUGUCUGUAUUGAAAUUCUGGGUUUCCAGCCCAGUAACCAACUGAGUGCAAUAUGUAGUCAUUCAGACCUUCAAGACAUUCCAUAUUCUGAUUGGUGUGAGCAGACUAUCCAUAAUCCCUUAGAAGUAGUUCCCUCUAAAUUUUCGGGCAUUUCUGGAUGCAGUGAUGGAGUGUCUCAAGAAGGAUCAGCCAGCAGCACCAAAAGCACAGAAUUGCUACUAGGUGUUAAAACAAUUCCAGAUGAUACACCAAUGUGCCGUAUACUCCUUCGCAAAGAAGUUCUGAGAUUAGUCAUUAAUUUGAGUAGUUCAGUUUCAACUAAAUGUCAUGAAACUGGGCUUUUAACAAUUAAGGAGAAGUAUCCUCAAACAUUUGAUGACAUAUGCCUUUACUCUGAGGUUUCCCAUUUGCUGUCACACUGCACAUUUAGACUUCCAUGUCGGAGGUUCAUACAAGAAUUAUUUCAGGAUGUACAGUUUUUACAAAUGCAUGAAGAAGCAGAGGCUGUCUUGGCAACACCACCAAAGCAACCUAUAGUUGAUACAUCUGUUGAAUCCUGACCUCAUAUUUAUGAUGUAUAUAGAUGUAUACUAUAUAUAUUCAUAUUUGUGGACUUCUAAAAGCCUCAGAAAAUGCCGAUUGACUGGGCAGCAAAGAUAGGAGUAUCUUCGCUACGCUGUUCCAGCAAUUACUGUUUGGUCUCAAAUUCACACUCCAUUGAACAUGGGAAAAAAGAAACAAUUAAUUGAGAGAGUUUUAUGAGAAGAGCUGUUGGAGUAAAAGAACAUUUCACAUUUUCCAAAAUAAAGACAUCUUCAUUUGACUUAGACCAAUGAUUCUCAAAGUCGAGUGUGCAUCUGAAUGCCUGGGAACUUAUGAAAUAUAUGGAUUCCAGGCCUUGGACCACAGAGAUUCUGGUUAUGAGAUUUGGACUGGUACCCAG